AUGGCAGUCGAUGGCCCCCAGCUGACCCCCGUCGGGGAGAAGUCCCUACCAGCAAAAUGUAAGGCGCGGGCCGUGGCGUACUGUCCCACAAUGGACCUGAUAGCGUUGGCGACCGAGGACGAAGAACUACGCGUGUUCCGACUUAAUGGGCAGCGAGUGUUCGGGGGCUCCUUUGGUGGAGAUCCGUAUCUAGGCGAGGAUAAAGAAGAUGGCGAGAUUAGAGGGAUGGCGUGGAAGGGGAAUGGUCGCCUCCUCGCUGUCGCGUGUGGAGAUGGCUCGCUCCGCAUCAUCAGUUCCUAUACCGGGAAGACGGUGCACCAUUACCAGACCUAUCAGCAGAAAGAGGAACUGUCCCAUCCAACUAAGAACCCGACACCCAAGGCAACGUGUGUCGGGUGGGGUGCCAAUUUCACCGAUAGCAAAGCCGCACAGCGGCAUUUGCAUGAAUCCGCGGGGCAGGUCUCCGUCGACGACCUUUUAGCCCCGGGAGUGUAUCCCUCCAAGGCAACUACCACACUUCAAGCAGAUCUACCCAGGGAACUUGCCUUGGUGGACAUUGAGAGCUCACUGCCAAAGCUGAGCACCCUGCCUGCAACAGGAGGCGAGGACGAUGUUUUUAGCUCGCGGGUGUCUCUCGACGCUAUCUUCCAUUCUUCGAAGGAUUCCAACGACUCGGUUGAUGUGCUCUCCGUCGGAUUCGACGAUGGAACUGUCCACCUGCGCAUCUUUGAUUGCUUCGAGAUUGGCUCUUUUGCCGUGGGAAGUUCACCCGGUAUCUCCGACUCGUGCCGUAUCUUGCGACAUACUUCGCACCCCUUGAGCUCUACGCAUGCCCUACUGACCUCGCCGGUUAAGGGUGUCACCCGUGGUCCGCUUGAGCUUGUUACUAUGGACCUUCGAUUUAUUACGAAGUCUGGGAGAUAUCUGUCUCUUCUUGCGUCGAAGACUACUCAGCUUCAGAAUUUGCUGCGCUAUAUUGGUCAGGUGCAGCGGCAGAUUGAGCUUGAGUGGAAGAAUGCUCAGGAGCUCCCUGCGCGGUUCUUGCGCAGUGUCAAUGAGGACUUGCAAGAAAAAUGCCAGUGUGAUUUUAUCACUGCUAUUUAUCACCUGGUUGUAACUGGUCAUUGCUUUGAGCCUAUGAAAGAGUUCCUCACGGAUAUUGUUGGAGAAAGAGGCCACAAGAGAUGGGAUAAGGCUGUCUCGGGCGGCUACGAGAAUAUCCGGCGACUGACACAUGAAUGUCUCCUGCCGGCAUUAGAACGCAGUCAAGUACUUCUUAGUCGACUGGUUGGAUUGUCUAAGUUUCACAAGCUAAGCGAUGUCCUUGGGCUGGACACGACCAAGCUCAAUGCUAUCGUGGAGACACUUGAUUGUCUCCAUCUUCUUGCGCACCGUAUUCUCACGCAUGCCAACGAGGAACUCGGCCAGUUUGCUGCUUUCUCUAGAUGGUUAUGUUGCGAAAUCCAUGUUGUCAACAGCGAACCCUUGUCGCAGACACUUGAAGAGCUGCAAGAGAAGCGAGACUUGUUCGAUGUCCCUCCUACUGUGAAGUAUAUUAAAGGCGCAUUGACAAAAAGUGCUCUGCGGAACUUUAUCCGCCAACUUCCUAUGAUCGGAGCUGUUCAGCCCCCUCCCCUCCUACUGAUAAGUGGCUUCCAGCAGCAACGCCAGUCCCGGGACAAGGGCGGUGAUGGUACAUCUGUCGAGACGCCUAAGCUCAAUGACUUGACAAGGCGUUUAGGCAUCCAGUUUGAGAGGGUGUUUGGGGAUAUUGCCUUGACUCAGCGCAGGGGAAUUCUCCAUCGCUCGCCUUUGACGCUUCACUCUGAUUGCGAUCAAGGGGUUAUCGAUCUAACUUUCUGCUACGAGGAUGCCAUGGAAGGCCAGCCUUGCUCAGUAUACGUCGCUACCCGAUCUGUCACAUCAAAACAUCAAGUCUACAUCUACCGUGUCGUCCUCAACUCAGUUGGCGGCGUCAGCUCAACAAGUAGUACAUCUCUCGCAACCCUCGACCUCCAAAACGGCGAAGUUCGCCAACUCCAAUUCGUCAAAGAUGACACACUCAUGGUUCUCUGGCGCGACAGCAAAGGUUCCUCCCAUCUCCUCAACUUCCCCUUCCAGACCGUCUCAACACAAUCCCAAGACGAGGCAACCGACCCAUUACCUCUGGAACUGAAGUAUAUUGAGUGCGACAGCACGCCAUCCGCCCCCAAGCCUACCAUCUCAGCCACGACCCUAGAUCUCUCGCCUGAAUCCCCUCACGCGGGUGUCCUUAUACAUCUCUUUGCUCCGCAUGGCCCGAAAGCGCGGCCUGUGCAUGUCGAUGUCAAUGGACGGAAGGGAAGGCGUGCUAUUUGUGUUUUGUAUGGGGAUGCUAUGCGGUACGAGGUUUUGGACUUGGAUGCUGCGAUGGGCGAGGAUGAGGAAGAAGAUGAGGAUUAUCAAGAGGGGGAUGAGGAGGAAGAUGAAGAUGAAGAUGAUUAUGGCGAUGAUGAUGAAGUGUUCGACAGUGAUGAAGAGAAUAAUGAGAACUAG